UUAAAAAUUUGAAUAAGAUAAAAACAUUUUUUUUUGAACACGUGGAAAAAAUUCGAAAAACAAUCGAAGAUUGCUUUAGGAAAUAAAUCAAAAAAUUAAAUUAGAAAGUGAUUUAAUUAUAAAUUCAGUGAUGAAAUCAGUGAAAGUUGGGGUUUUGAUGAAAAUGUGAUAAAUAGGAGAAAAAAAAAUAUAUUUUUUUCUUUGACGUAAUGAAAAAUACCAGUGCGUGGAAAAUGGGGAAAAAAGAAACAGUGAUUUGAAAUGUGAUGAACAAAGUGGGUGAGAAGUGAAGCGAUGUAUAGGUAUAUAUGACUCAGAGAAAAAUGUAGAAUCAUGUUCUCUACCUUCACACACGUGUAUACAAUAUAAGAAUCUUGAGACUUUUAUAAUACAAAUACCGUAUAUAAAAACCUAUAAAAGAAUUUUUAUAUUUCCGGUAUUAUAUAUGAGAUUUUUACCUUUUUUCCAGUUUUUUUUUGUUUUGGACAAUAUGAAACUAAAGAGAAAUUAAAUAUUCUUGUUGCGAUAAAUUGAAUUUAGAAGAAAUUAAAUUAAACUAGGAAAAAAAUGAGAAAAGUAGUGAACUGAAAAAGAAGGAGAAAAAAAUAGUGAAGUAUAAAGGAACAUUAAAAAUUGUGAACAAAAAAUAGUCUCUUAAGAAUAAGAGAGAAAAUUCAUCACUGAAAGUUAUAUCUUCAUUAAAAAAAGAAAAAAAAAAUAAUAGAAAAAUCUCUUCAGAAAAUGGUCAGCCAACACGCAAUGGCUACUACUGUUCGCAAAGUCAAACAGGAAAACAGAUUGAGGAAACUUAAUCAGAAUCAAGAUGAGGAGGAAUAUUAUAAGCCGGUGCCACCACCGAAACCGGUGUCGAAUAAUCAGAAGAAUCAAAAUUUUCAACAGUCACAACAGACGAUAGUGGAAGCGUCGUACCCUAAGGUGACUUCCGGUCAAUCGGGGGAGGAUACGCUCGCUCGUAAUUCCGUACAAACUCCUGCACCGGAAUACAGGAUGCCACCUUUAUAUGGCGACGAGCAGAGUUCAAAUCAGGCUCAACAAGCAGCCAAUCUCCAAACUCACAGUAGCAAAUUUCCGAUUGAACGUGAAGUUGUUCUUUCAUCAGGAGACAAGAACUCGAAAAUCCCAAUUCUUCACGAGUACAAGCAAAGAAGUGCCGGAAGGGCGGCAAUCGCACCGGAUGCACCAAUCAGCCAACAGGCUUGGGUUCAGGAGGGAAAUCAGAUGCAGGAACUGAGACAAGAAAGUCAGCGAAACUACCAAUCCCCAGAAACCUACUCGUCGACGGCGACAGGUGCUGUUCCUCGAACGACCAAAGUCGAUGAGGAAAAGACCAAGACCCUAUCGAAAACAUAUCACACCAUCAAGGAUAUGAUUUCGAGUCGAUUUGGUCCAAAUCGAAAGGAUGCUGAUACAGAACCUGAAGCGAGUUUAAAUAAUGUUACGGAGGAAUUGAGAAAAUCGAGUCGUGAUAUUGAAGAGGACGAGGUCAAGAAGAAGGAAGGUGGUGGUGUUUACGGGAAACCAAGAGCGCAAGAAUCCUCUCUCAAUAUGCAACAGUAUCCGAAAAAUUCCUAUGGACAAUAUGGACACUCGUAUGGCUAUCAAGGUGGACAGCAAACUGUCCCACUUCCAGGACAACUUCAGUCUCCGUCGCAAAUUCAACCGAGUUUGCCGGGACAAAGUGCACAACUUCACGUGACUCAUCACACACCACCGGGAGGAGUUCAAAUGGCCCAUCAGACACAAAUAUCUGGUUUCGUUCAAUCCACAAGUGCUGGACAACCGGUUCAGAAUGUAAACAGGGAAUACGUGGUGCAAGGACCCGGAGCUAUGAAUCAGAAUCAUGGCAUACCAGUGAUGAAAGUCGGUCUGUUGCUACAGCAAGCAACAAACGUGCAUCAGUCGUCGCAUCAAAGUUACCAAAGUCCUCAGCAAUUGUUGCAUCAGAGCCAGCAUCACCAAAGUCCACGAUUCUCUCAACAGCACGCUCAAAAUAUGCAUCAGCGUCAAUUGAUUCAGCAGAUGCAUCAGCAGCAACAACUCGCCGGACAGCAAACAAAUUCUCAUCCCCUACGAACAACAAACAGUCACUUUUCGGGAAAUGUUCCUUAUCAACAGUUCCAGCAGACUAGACAACCAAUCUCCAGAUCGCAGAUUGAUUUGCCCAGCACUUCGAGACAAAAUCAGGAUCUUCGAGUUUCCGGACAGGAAAUCUACUAUCAUUACGCUCAAGGCAGACCCAGGUACGGAGUGCCUCAAGUCUACAUGAAACCCGAAACGCCAAGUCAGGAGAUCGAAUACCAAAGGCAAAACUCGAUGAAAGGAAUUGAGAAAGCCGCCUCUCAACCCCAUCUUUCAUUCGAGGAGGAGCGACUCGGUAAUAAUGAGAAUUUCCCCCAACGCAAUAAUUCCACAGCCGAUGCAAUGAAAUCAAGUGUCUCUGUCGAUCCCCUGGACAAGGAGAAAUACGAAAUCACCGUCGAGGAACAUCAAAUGGAUUUCGGUAGAAGUGGAUCGCAAAGAAAAGACGAAUACCGUCCGGAGACAAGUUUUGGAAUUCGUCGCGAGGAGGGACGAACAUCGAAGAGAGGCGAACACGAUCAUCAGAAUAAUCAAAAAGACCCAUCUCAAAAUACAAAUCAAACAUUGUCGGUGCAAAAGCGAAUAGAGGAACUUCAAAAGAAAAACGAGCAAGAUGGUAUUUAUACUGCGAAACCAUCGAAAGAUGUGAGCAGUGAAAAUGAAGAGAUCCGUAAUAAUUCAGGACAAAAAUUAGAGAUGUCGAAGAGACUCGAAAAUUCGCAGAUUACCAACAAUAAGGAGAAUUAUUUCAAGAACGAUACGAAGAGUAAGGAUGAUAUUGAGCAGGGACUAGCGAGAAUGAAAAUUCAGGGUCAAGGUUCGGGUUCGGAUUACGAUAAAGCUGGACAGAGUUCGUCGAAUGUGGAUUCUGGAAGGGGAUCCGCUGUUUAUUCGAGUGGACGACGACCGCCUCCUGAAAAUCAAGGACACGCUCAAGGUCAGGACUCUGAGUGGGUGGAUAUAGUGGAAUCAGAAUUGAGAAGCAUUUUGGAGCCAAGAGAUGUUCCGGCAAUGGCGCACUCCACUUUAUCUGAAAGUGUGUCGUCAGUGACACCUCCCUUGCCUCCUUUAUCGCCCCAUGGAAGUCCUAGAACUCCACGAAAUAGAUAUUCAGCGAGCUUACCUUACGGAUCAAAGCCAAACUACAGUGAAUAUAGUAAAGGAUGUGACAAAAGAAACUACCCAAGCUCCUCUAAGCAUCGCGGUGCUUCAACAUCAAAGAAAGAUUCAACGAAAAAGUUCUCUCAUUUAUUCGGAGUGGAAGCGGCGGAUUUAACAUCGACGACAACAGGACUCGAUUUAGAUUCGAUGCUAGACAGAAGUGAUUCUGAUCUGAGUACAAAUGAUGCAAGGACAAUAAGAAAACAGUUGGAGGGUCUCGAAAAUAUGUAUAGCGAAGUUUUAAAAUUACUUGGCGGAAGUGUGAAGAAAAAGAGAAAAUCAAGAGGACUCACCAGUUACGGUUCAGUUUCUUCUCUUCCAACUUCAUCAGUUUCUUCCAGGCCAGUGACAAGGCAUCACGAUAAGCGAAGAUCACACGCUAUGGAUGACAGAAUGAAAAAAGUUAAAGAUAUCAAAAGUAUCAAUAAACGCUUUCAACGGCUGGAAUCUCACGUGGUAACUCUGGCAAGAUCUGUAGCACAUCUCAGUUCUGAGAUGAGAACACAGCAUUUAAUGAUGCAGGAAAUGGAGAACAUUAGGGGUGAAAUUGCGGCGUUAAGAACUCAAACGAGCAUGGCAAUGGUGAGAUCGCAGUCUCAGCCUCUGAUCAAGGAUUCUGAAUUGCCGGCUCUCUCGAAUCCUUCAAGGGUGAAAAAGCUCACCAAGUUUUUUGGAACAGAACCGCCACUCAUCAGGCUUUUUCUCCGGGAACUAGGGUAUGAGAAAUACGCCGGCGCCUUCGAGAAAGAAAGAGUAGGAAUGGUUGAAUUACCUUACUUGAGCGAAGAAAGGCUGCAAAAGAUGGGUGUCCCAUUGGGACCAAGACUGAGAAUUUUGCAAGAAGCGAGAAUAUCCGUACUGAAAGAUCCAGUGUACGUGGUGUAACCGUGUACCAAAAAAAGAAAGAGGACAAAAAGAGGAGAAUAAAAA